CAUGGUUGUCCUUGACCCGUCACCAGUAAAGUGUCUAUCCCAUCUCUGGUGUGUCCCGCCCCUGUCCUGAGCUGGACCACCCCUCUAAACUCAUCUUAGUCUCUCACCACGGGAGUCAGUGGAGAGGAUUACUGCCCUGGAUAUAACUAAAAGACAGAUGUAGGAGAGGAAAGACCACAAGCAGAAUCAAUUGGAUUUUAUUUAGACUGAAUGACAAUUUGGAAUUUAAUCAUAUAAAAAAGUGUUUCUUACAACUUGAUGGAUGGUAUUAUUCACCUGAUCUUGUUGCUUUAAAUUGGGAAACAGGUUUAAGGUUCAUCUUAAAGCAUCUUGACAUAAGAAAGACUCGACAAAAUUCGGUUCUGACUUCAAUUUAGAAAAGGACAUUAGUGUCUUGUAGAACAUAAACCAGAAACCAGUGUUGUUCAACUCUAGAGAUGCAUACGGAUGGAGUGGAGUUUACAGUUCUGAAGUCACCCCUGUGAAGAUACAUAAUGUUACUCCAGAAGGUGAAGAUGCGGUGAGAAGCUGUGGCGUUCCUUGGUCAUCAUGCCUACUGAGGAGGAGGAGAACUCUGGGGAACCUGUGUGGCAGUCUGUGCUAAUGUUUGGCUGUAAGGGAAUGAUCGAGGGAAUCAUCGUUCUCUUGUUUCUCUGGCUGCUGGUGCAGGUGCUUUUCACAAAGCAACUUGAAGUCCACCUACAGAUUCUGUUGAGUGUGGGCUUGGUGGUCCUUUGUUUAUCCCUUAUACUGGGCUGUGUAAUUUGUUGGUUAAAAACCAGACACAAACCACAUGAAGACGAAAAGACUGUGAGGACCCCCCCUCCCCCCGAUUCUGUGGAUCAUGUGACUGUGGCAUUAAGUUCCUCCCCUUUAUCUGGAACCACAUUUACCAAAUUGCAGUAUGAGCAGCUGGAAGGAGAGGUUCUAGACUACCCAUCUGCUUUUGAGAGCUCUACACCAUCAGACGAAGAGUUCACUGCUUUCUCGGAGGUUAACAAGCAGACGUCAUGCUUCCAAAUGAGACGACUCAGUUCUCCAGCUGUCUCCUCUUCUCUAUACAAGCCCAUGGCCAGUGGCCGCUACUCUCUCCCCUCUUUACCAAGACUUAGUCUUCUCGCGAAGACUCGGAAGGUCCUGGAACGCCACUGCACUGUGGCUGGGGAUAGUUAUUCAUUCAGUGAACACAGAAGGCUCACUAUUCCUAACCUACAAUCACCUUGCACCCUCUCUCAACUUCAAACUCAAGGCCUACUUCAGGAAGAAUCUUUAUUACCUAACUAUGGUUCAAAUUCUUGCAGCAAGACCUCAGAUCCCUUCUUGCACUUCACCCUAACCUUCUCUUCAACACAGAACACACUCACACUAUCCUUAGUUGGUAUUACUGGUGUAGUCCAUCAUCUAGAAGAAGUGACUGUCCAGGCCAGGCUUCUCCCACUUUGCCCUGGACCUCUGGUUAUAUCUGCCCAAGAUUACAACCUUAGCUCUGGACUCUAUAAACAGAACUUGGUGGUCAAUGUCGGAUCUUUAGAAGGGCUUAAGAGUUGCAUACUCAGACUGGCCGUCUUCACUCAGGAUAAUCCAAAGACAUCCCUAUUUGAGGAGCUGGAAGUUUGCUGCAGUAGUCUGGACUGGACACCAGACAGGCCUGUCACCUGCGUUAGAGAACUAAGGCAAGUUGUGGACAAGACCAAGGUCACUUCAUAGCUCUUGUUACAAGACUAGACAGUCUUAAACAUCAACCCAGACAUCUUAAAUACCUACACCUCAUUGUUCUCUUUCAAAGGAAAAGAGUGGCUCAUAUUUUAUUCAGCAUGCUCAAGAUAUGAACAUUGAUGUCCCUCAGAAAAUGACAUCUCAAGAUUCAGAGAGGUCACAAGGUCUACGGUCAGCUCUUCAUUUUGUUGCAGUUCCAGACCAGUCCAUCAGCUUAAAGUCCUGAUCCUGAAAACAGACAAUCUUACCAACCAGACUCCAGGUGAAACUACAAUACACUAUUCUCAUUCUCUCCCAAAUGGUACCCUCGCCCCAAU